CCGCCUCCCAUCCCUAAUUCUGGAGCCCCCACCCGCAUCUACGACCGUCACGAUCUCUCAUGGGUGCAGUCUGUUGCCGUCCUCAGGUCAUCGACUUCGACGGCGAUGUAAAUCUCUUUCACUUUGUUCUCCUGCGAUGUGUCGGCAAGGGUGCUUUUGGCAAGGUUCGUGUCGUCCAGCACAAGCAGACCAAGGAGCUCUACGCUCUCAAAUACAUCAACAAGCCCAAGUGUGUCAAGAUGAAAGCCGUUCCGAACAUCAUCCAAGAGCGUCGCCUGCUCGAAGAGGUCGACCAUCCUUUCGUUGUCAACUUGAGAUACGCCUUCCAGGAUGAUGAGAAUUGUUUCUUCGUUCUGGACCUUAUGCUGGGGGGAGAUCUAAGAUUCCACUUGGAGCGUUUGGGCUCGCUAUCCGAGGAAACAGUUCGGUUCUAUGUUGCAGAGCUUGCGUCCGCCAUUGCAUUUCUUCACGAAAAACGCAUAAUGCAUCGAGACCUCAAACCCGAUAACAUCCUUUUGGAUGAGCGAGGCCAUGCACACAUCACUGAUUUCAACAUCGCCGUGCACUAUAGCGAACGGAGAUUGCUCACUGGCGUCGCAGGCUCAAUGGCCUACAUGGCACCCGAGAUCCUUGCAAAGCGUGGUUAUACUUACCCUGUCGACUGGUGGUCACUCGGGGUUUGCGCAUAUGAGCUUGUUUUUGGGCGUCGACCAUUCCGGGGUCGGACAAAUAGUGCGUUGACGCAUAGCAUUUCCAAAGACCCACUGCGCUUCCCGGAGAACGCAGAAGAGAAGUGCAGUAAGGCUGGUAUGCAAGCGCUAAAAGGGUUUUUGGACAGGGAUCCUUACAAGCGGCUGUCGUGCAAUCCCCAGGCCGAGGGCUUCGAAGAGAUUCGGCGACAUCCAUGGUUUGCUUCGAUCGACUGGGAAGCUCUGGAACGAAAAGAGCUAGCGCCGCCCUUCGUUCCCGAUAACAAGAAAGCGAAUUUUGAUGCGUCGCACGAGUUGGAGGAGCUACUGUUGGAGGACAACCCACUGAAGGCUAAGCCACGGAAAGCCAACCGUGAUUUGAACAAUCUCAGCGUCGAAAUGCGGCAGAUGGAGGAACAAUUUACCAUCUAUGACUUCCGGUUGAUGCACCGGCGCUCAUAUUACCCUCACAACCAACAAAUAGCAUCGACCGUUACCGCGACGUCGUCAUCGGGGCUCAUAGCGUCACGUCCAGUAACUCCAGGAACUGUAGACCUUGCCGGUGAUUCACCAAUAGCCACUGAUGGACCUCGAUUGACAGAGGAGUUCAAGAUAGAGGAUAGUCAUGCGGUUCCUCUGAACAACAUGAUAACGGAGAAGGAGAAUUUCGAGUAGUCUUUUAGACGAUGUACGAUUGUUUCGCUCCUUAUCCUUCUCUUAUUUUGGGUUCACCUCUUCGUUGACUGCUCUGUUCAGAGAUCCAUCACGACUUCACUCUUGCAUGACACUGCCUUGUCUAUCCACUCUUUUAUUUCAUUAUUUUUUCUCUGCAUUAUAUAUUUCCAUCAUGUGCCGCUCUGCCCCUCGAUACCUCCAUAUGUCCAGGCCCCUGUCGUUUUUACUUACCUCUCGCGUUCACUCCUCUUUUCUUCAUUCGGCGGUAACCGUGUUCACCUUCCUCUCUCCCGGUUCUGACUUACGAACGCUCCGGGGUCGUCAAUCACCUUGUAUACUUAAUGGUGCCUCGAUAAUAUUCCUGGUCGAAUUGACCUGAUCGCGCU